AUGCCGAGCGACGACCAGCGCCUUGAGCGCAUCGCCUGGAUAUCGUCCGAGGGCUACGGCCGCAAAGUCGUCGUGGCGCACGACAUAUGCACGAAGCACCGUCUGGAGAAGUACGGCGGCCACGGCUACUCGUACAUACUGGACCACAUAGCUCCCAGGAUGCUGUACAGGGGCUUCACUCCUGAGGGUGUCCACGACAUCCUGGUCUCCAACCCUGCCGAAGUGCUCACGUUCCGGUAG